ACGAAGGCAAUACCUCCUCCUUUCGGGAGAGAAGCUUCACAAAGGUGGCGAAAACCCUAGAAAUGGAGGGCGAUGGCGAAGCAAACCCUAGAAGGUUCUUCGUGGCCGUUCAUGUGGGAGCGGGCUUCCAUUCCCCUUCCAACGAGAAGGCCUUCAGAAGAGCCAUGAAGCGAGCCUGCCUCGCCGCCGCCGCCGUUCUUCGAAAGGAUGAUGGUGGAUGCUUAGAUGCUGUUUCAGCUGCCAUUCAAGUGUUGGAGGAUGAUUCAAUCACAAAUGCAGGUCGAGGUUCAAAUUUAACAGAAUCAGGCCAUGUAGAAUGUGAUGCAAGUAUCAUGGAUGGUUGUUCUGGAGCAUUUGGAGCUGUUGGAGCUGUACGAGGUGUACGAAAUGCCAUCCAAAUUGCUGCAUACUUGGCCAAAGAGCAAAUAACAGGAUCUUCCCUGCUUGGUCGAAUACCUCCACUGUUCUUGGUUGGUGAAGGUGCUCGUGAAUGGGGAAAAUCCAAGGGCAUCAUCCUGCCAGCCACUGUUUCAGAAAUGGAAGAAUGGCUGGUGACAGAGAGGGCAAAAACACAAUGGGUGAAAUAUAAAGCAAUGCUUGCUUAUGCUAAGGGACAGAGUGAAUCUUCUACUGCACUAUCUACAUCUGCUUCUGGAUCAUCUGCAGUGCCGAUGGUGAAACCAGAAGGUCAAUCUUUAAUUGAGGGAAAGAAGAAUAAAGCUUCGAGUGGACAAUCAUCUGCAAAAGACAAUAUCAAAGAAGAUUGCAUUAUGGAUACCGUGGGAGUAAUCUGUAUCAAUAGCUCUGGACAUGUAGCAUCAGGGGCAUCAAGUGGUGGUAUUGCAUUGAAGGUUGAUGGACGAGUUGGAUUGGCAGCAAUGUAUGGUUCAGGUUGCUGGGCUUCAUCAAGAGAUCCCUUUGGAGCUCCAUUCGUAGUUGGUUGCUGUGCAACUGGUGCCGGCGAGUACUUAAUAAAAGAAUUUGCAGCACGUGAAUGCUGUGUGUCGUCAUCAUUAUCACAGUCAGGUCCUGCUUCUGCAUGUACAAAAAUUCUGCAUUCUGUUGUUCAGAAUGGCAAUCAGAAGUCCCGUGAUACAGGUGCUGGAGUGUUACUAGUGCAGGCUGACACUCUGAAGGCUACUCAAAGCUGUCCACUGGAAGCAGUUGAGCUCGUUGCUGCCUACUGCUCUUCAUCCUUUGGUAUAGGCUAUUUUGGGAACUCGAUGGAUUGUCCAAAGUUUGACAAUUUUUCUACCAUCUAUAGCGUGGAUCUGGUUUACUUCAACAGUAUCCUCAAGUGAUUUGGCUCCCCCCAUUUGUUUGGUUUGGUUUUGUCUUGUUGACCUUUUGCAGACAUUUGCCUUCCAAUAUCAUAGUCUGCCCUGUGUUGACUCAAAAACUUUUUGAUACUAACUGAUACAGUCCAUUCUUUAGCAUGCAUUCUGAUUUGCUCCCUGGAUUUGGUGAGGUGACUUUAUUGAGUUUCGAUCCAGUUGUAGAUUGAAUUUGUACUUGCUUCUCAUGAGAUAAAAUUAAAAUUCAUUUGAUACUUCAAAAAAUAAUAUGCAUUUUGGGAAUAUCAGUUAUAUUAAAAAUGUAAUGGAUUCUUUCAUUUUUAUCUGAUAUUAUUGUCUAAAGAGUUAUGCUUUACACAGGUAUCGAUACUCAGGGCUGCAGAACAUAGGAACAGCAAUGACAUCAAUCAUUUUGGGGCACAUGUUGUUCUCAAUUCUUUUAAAUCCUCAUGAAAGCAAAAUGCAGUAAUAUUUAGAUUUAGUUUGUAUUUAGCUUUCUCCAUUCAUGAAACAGAGAUUUAUAUCAUAUAAUACCUCUGCUCUUCUAUGUCACCGGAGAGAAUCUUCAUGAUAUUUAGUUAAACUGUAAUCUUGUGCUAGGAUUUUUUUCCUCAGCAUUGCAAUAUUAUCGUUCUGUCCUUUCUAGAUAAGAUGAUAAUCAAUUUCCACUUCCCCUUCUAAAUAUCUUCAUGUUGUUUUAUUUCUCGAAUUGAUUGCACACAGAGUAUUGAUCUUAAGCCUCUCUUUAUUUUUGUUUUCAUAAUCUGAAUAUUGACGAACAGAAAAUACCUUAGUGUUUGUGUAUUGCAGACUAUAAAGGAUAGCUAAGUUUUGUCGUCGGUUGACAAUGGACAUCUCAUUUCCCACUGGAUCUGAUGUUUCUGUAUGGGCUGAGGGGAUCAUUUUGUGAGCGCCAAUCUAGGAGCAUUUGCACCUUUUGUCCAACCAAAAGAAUGGAGAAAAGGUAGCCGAUCUGGAAUAUCAUUUCUGGUGUUAAACUGGUUUCU